UCCUACGUGAGCAGACCCACUACACUUCUCGCAUAUAAACAGUGAAAAUUACAACAUAAAGGACUUAUUAUUCCUUCUUUUGGAGUAAUUCUGCUGCUGACCAAAGGCUGACUCGGUUAGCAAGAGAAGGGAGCUCACCCUCUGCAGGUAAUUUCACUGCUUCAAGCCUCUUCUUAUCUGCUGGCUAAGACAGCAAGGUCUCAGUCCAACUCCAAGACCCCAUGAAGAUCGCCAGAAGCUGCAGCCUGGCUCCCUUCGCCCACAUGUGAACUUUAGCUAAGACACCAUGAUGGAGACUCUGCCCUCUAUAUGCCCUAGAUGCUUCAGUCCUGGCCCAGUCACACCCCACUGGGUUUUGUGAGGCAAUUUGGGAAAUAAAUUUCCCUCACUGAAGAUAAGGGAAACAGCAUGAAAGAAAACAAUGGCCCCCAAGGAAGACUUAAUGAUUGACAUAAAUGGGGACAUUCCCUUAGGAGCAUCAUGUAUCAUCAAAGAAGCAAACCCUCAGCUCCUUUAUUUUGCUGCCUGUUUACAAUCUAUGGAAAGAUGUGUUUAAGUUUCCUGUAGGUCUAACACUGGGUAUUGAUGCUUCCGGAAAGAAAGCUGUAGGUUCCAGAUGCAGCCAGUUUCUUUUGGAAUUCGCUCAUUGGGAGUCUGGCACUAGCCCCUAAAUGGUACUUUUGUUGUCUUUUUGUUCAAGACAGCAAGUUUCUUCCAGGAAGAAACCGCCUGCUGGCAUCCCUUGAUAAACAAUCCAUCAGCCUCUUGGUAUAUCAGAUGUUUAAUAAUUAGCCUAACUCAUUGUUUAUCUAAAGAGCAAUUAUCACUAUGAUGAAAUAAUAUUUUAAGAGCAUUAAGGGUAGAUCCUAAGGAGCAACUAUAGGCAGGGAAUGGCUGGCAGAGUUUCCUGUACUCAGAGGCGAGGACCACUCCAUCCUGGCUACCAGAUCUCUGUGUCUGAGAUGCUACCAUUAGAUGCUGCUCCAAAGACCUAAGGGAAUGUGCCCAGGAGACGUGUACGAUUUCAGUCCUUUUAACUGAGGCUCAAUGGCCCAGCAAAAUAUGAAAGUGCGCCCUGUGCUUCUAAAGCGCAACAGCCUAGAGUCAGUGGAGUUUGUGAAGCCACCUCACCACCGCAGGUGCAAAUCUCAGCAGGUGCGAUUCAAGGAAGAUGGGGCCAAUAAGACUUCGCCUGGCCUAGUUGAGGUUGAUGUCCAAACUUCUGCCGACCCGACUGUGAUGGACAAGACUCCAGCACCCAGGCACCAUCACCUCCCCACCUACUCGCUCUCCUUUCCCAGGUCCCAGAAGGCAGGGGGUUUUCGGAGCAUUGCCAUCCAAACCUCCCCCAGUCUCAGGAAGCAUUUCCCAGUUUUCAAAAGGAAGAGACUCACAGCCAGCAAGUCCCUGGUAGAAAUGCCAACAGCAUCCCAAAGUGCCAUCCAGGUCAACGGCAACCUCUCCGAACAGGACAUUGUGUCUUCUGACCUUGCUUACUUAAGGUUGGCUCAGCAUCUGGAGGAUGGGCCUCGAAGGGUCAAGGUGCCCCACCCAUUUCUCCCUAGAAUGUCCAAGGUGCAAAGCAAUGGUCCAGUUAGCAUAUGCUUGGAAGCGGGGAUGUGGAGAGCCUCAGAAAAGGCAACAGCUGCCAUUCAGGUCCCAGAUGAUAUUUAUCACAGUCCUACCUGGGCAGUUGGAGAGUCCACUGUCAGCCCAGAGAGGUGUACUGAAAUAAACAACUCCAUACCCGCUUUGGUUGAUAUGUGUCCAGGUGAUGGGAGAAGAGUGGUGUCAUCAGAUUCAGAAAGAUUGUCCUCCUGCUUAAAUGCCACCAGCGGUGCCGACCACAUGCCAGGCACAGGGAAACUUACACCUGAAUUGCUUUUGCCCAAAGAUGACUCUGAUAACAAGGACCUUGGCUCACUGUCAUCCCAGUCAAAGGAAAUGUGUGUUCCUUCACCUCCACGGACUCACAGCUGCCCCUCACCAGACUCCCACAGCCAGCCAGCCCACUCAGGGGGUGCUUCAGAUUGUCCUUCAUCGAGUAACAGUCACCAGGACCUGCUGUCACCAAAACCUGACAGUGCAUCAAAAUCUGCCCCCUUGUGUCAGGAGCAGAUGGUGAAGAACCCCACCCAAUCUGACACCCCAGAGAUUCGAAAUUGUCCAGGAAGCAAUCACCUCCCAUCCUCUCUCCCAAAGAUGGAGACCAAACUUCAGAGCAACAGGGAGAUCGGGGGGAUUCAUCAGAUUCACCUGGCACAGGGUGAACUCUGCGACCUCCAAGGCAGGCUACAAUCUGUGGAGGAAUCUUUACACUCCAACCAAGAGAAAAUUAAAGUCCUUUUGAAUGUAAUUCAAGACUUGGAGAAAGCUCGAGCUCUGACAGAAGGGCGCAACUUUUAUCGAACUGGCCAAGAUCUCAACAAUUGCAGCACCUGCCAGAACACGGCAUGCAUCAUAUACAGUGUAGAAUAUGAUUUUCGACAGCAGGAAGGCAGGUUCCAUGAAGUGCUACAGAGUCUGGAGGAAGUGGAACCAGUUGAGGAGGCAUCUCCUCCCCCAAAGUCCCUAGCAGAACCACCGGUCCCUGAGAAACAGGACUUGAGACGGAAAACCAAGAAGGUGAAGAAGAAAUGUUUCUGGUGGAUCUGACCUUGUUGGGACCAUUCAAUAACUGGCUACCUGAGGUGGGGAACCACUGCCUAUGGCCUUCCCUACUUCUCAGCGAAGAAGUCUCUAGACCUGCAAGACAGGAAAGACCGAGGCUGGUUUAGCUGCUGCUGGACCCCUGACCAUCAACCUCACCUGAGUGAGUGCCACUGCUUGCUGAGGACUUCAUGGACCCCGGAGUGACCACCACUCGCUGUGUUCCCUGUCACACACACCAGGCCACAUCCUGGCUUGCUGUUCUAGAUCCCUACCAUGAGCAACCCCCAUGGCACCUUCCAAUACCUCUGUGAUGCUAAGUUCCUUCCUUCCCAUCCUGGGCUCAUUAACCCAAAGGAAACAAAGAAAAAAAAUGCUAUGCAGAGCAGGAAGAUAGAGGAAGGUUAUAAGCAGAUACCCUAGAAAAAAAAUUAGAGACAUAAACUAGUGAUUUUCUAAUUUUGGGGGAUAAGUAACACAAUAGAAGUGAGCAGGGUAUAAAAAUGCAAGAUUAGCCUGCUGGGUUGGGUCAUUUUUGGUUUUAAUCAGUCCUUGAGUCCAAAUCAAGAAUUUGUCAUUUCACACUAUGUGGGCCUUACAGUCUGUGGCAGAGUAUGGUUUAUCCCAGGGUGUAAGGAAUUGUUGCUGUCCUGUGUGUGUAGCUGCUCAGGGUCCACCUUAAACCAUCAUUCUUCUCUGCCUCAGAUUGACUAGCAAAUGGGUAGGAUCUGGUUCGGGUUGGAACUUUAAAACUCCAGUUAAUCCCCCUGAAGCAUUUUUCAUAAGAUCCCAUAGCCUGUCUGUCCUUUUCAUCUAACUAGCAACAUAAACAAGAUUAAGAUAAGGCACAACAUUGGUUCUUACACAUUCAUCCCUGCAACAGCCUUGUAGAUAGGAUCAAAAGUAUAUUAAUCUAUACAGUCUCUUUUCCUAGUGACCAGGCAAUGGCCACCGGAAUGAAGCAGCAGCAGGACUGGAGAUAAGGGUUAUAUAUAUAGAGAGAAAGAUAUAUAUAUUUCCAUUUUAGUAUUAAAGAUCUUUCCUUCCCAAAGUUUGAAUUCUUUUAAAGUCUAAUAUUUUUAGACAAGACUCCCCCAAACAUGGAUCCAGUCAACUUACAUAGCUGAACAAACUGUGAAAAGUAAUAUCAUUAACUAAUUGCUACAUGUUCAUGGGAUGAAAGUUGGUGGGCAAGGGUUACAUUCCUUCUCCUUUAAUUCUCUACCAGCCUGUGGUUGGACUGAUGCUGCUUAAAAAGAGAUCCUAAAACCAUCCACAAAGGAGGCAUUUCCUAAUCCCCUUCGCUGAAGACCAGGUGUCUGUGUUAGUCUUUGCAGAGUGCAGCAUCUGUGUGAACAUAGGAUGCAUGCACCGCACUGCAAAUUGAGACUAACUGAGAAAACCACUCUGACAGUUUCACCUCCCCCUGUCACAGCGCUGCAGUGCAAAAGCUAUUUCAGUGAGAGCAGAAAGGAAAAUUUGGCAAGGAACCCCGGCUUGCACUAUUUAAGUCUUAGAAUGUCAUUCAAGAUGAUCUUGUUCUGUUUCUAGUGUAAUGUUUAAACCCACAAAAUGAGACUGGAAUACAUAACGUUAAGUUGAAAUUAAGAUAAAUACACUUGUCAUACUUAAGAAGCCACAUUUCAAUAAGAUAUGUUACCACUGGCUAAAAGCCACAAAUCUUUCCGUAUCUGCACAAUCAACUCUCAGUUGGCCCCAACAACGGAAAAGAACAGCAAAGAGGAUAGUCAAAUAGAGCAGAAUCAUUUGGGAUCUCUUACAUAAUUUUAUCUUGUAGUAGUGCUUCCAUCUUAAUUUGCAUUGCUUAUGCCAAUUUUGAAAUUAAUUCAUAUUCUCAGGCAGCAUGCUAGAAUUACAAUAAUCCCAUUCCUGGAAUUAAGAGACCCCAGGUAACAGAGCAGUGUGUCUCAUAUGCCUUUGGUGAAAUGCUUGAAAUUUCAUCAUUUUGUCUGUCUAUUUUUGAAGAGAGUUAUAAACACCUGCUCUACUUACUGUAACUGCUCUGUGCAUGCUCCAACAUCAAAUAAGCAAAAUGACCCAGCAUUGAACUGGUUUGGCAAAGUGGGCCUGGAAUGAUGAAGAGGCAUCUAAGGUAACUCACACAAGUAUAUAAUACUUGGUAAUUAAGAAGUGCAUAUUGUCAUACACAUGUUGGGGUCUCAGAUAAACCCUCACCUGCAGUAAGUGAUAGUGGGGUUGAUAAAUAUGGACAUUUCUAGAAAUAAAACCAGACCAGAUUAUAUGAUUCUAUACCAAAGCACAACACAGCAUGGCUUGGGUCUCCAAACUGAAAGUGGCAAGGAGGUCAUUUCUGAAAAUUGAACAUUUGAAAUCAGUAUGAAGGAAAAGUAUUCAGUAAACAUAAACGAUCAUUUCUCUGUUAAAAGAAACACACAUAUACAAAUAUCCAAACUCUAUGCUCAUCUACUCAUGUGCAAAUGGCUUCUUUGUAAAAUAUUAUGUCACGUCUACCUUGAUAUUCUACAGAAACGCUAUACUUGAGGUUAUAUGGCUUAAUGGAAAGAUAUUAAUUUAGCAAAAAUUACUUUUAUAAAAUGGAAGGGAAAGAGAUCAAUCCAUCAACUUAAGUGGCAGGAGUUUAUGUAGCUGCUUUCUCUGUAGUUAAAAAAAAAAAAAAAACGUGUAUUCAUUAUACUUGGAACUUAACAGCUCAUCUAUAGAGCACCUUCUUAAAGACUAUG